AGAUGGCGGAGGCCAAGUAGUGAGGGGGCGGGGUGUAGCCGCCGGAAACCCGGCCGCUGCUUGGGGGAAGCUUCGGGCGAAGGCCCGGGGGGCAGCGGACUGAGGCUGGCGCGAUGCUGUUCCCGGGAAGCGCUGUUGGCUGCUGGUGAGGAAGGUGAAGCCUUCCCGGGCGCCCGGCGCCCCCUAUGUACGUCUCCCUGGGCUCGGGUCCUGUAGCCGCUUUGCCUGCUUCUGUACCAUCCGCAACUCUCGGGUCCUGGAGCUCCAGCGGCGGCAGGGGCUGUGUCCGGCCGAAGAGCCCAGGCAUCGCCCGUGCUUCUGGCCGCCGGGCGAGCGUCUGGCAGGAAGUACUUAAACAACUACAAGGAAGUAUUGAAGAUGAAGCUAUGGCUUCUUCUGGACAGAUUGAUUUAUUAGAGCGUCUUAAAGAACUUACCUUAGAUAGCAGCAAUUUUCCUGGAGUAAAAUUACGGUCAAAAAUGUCCCUCCGUUCUUAUGGAAGCCGGGAAGGAUCUGUAUCAAGUCGUUCGGGAGAGUGCAGUCCAGUUCCUAUGGGGUCAUUUCCAAGAAGAGGGUUUGUAAAUGGAAGCAGAGAAAGUACUGGAUAUUUAGAAGAACUUGAAAAAGAGAGAUCAUUACUCCUUGCUGAUCUUGACAAAGAAGAAAAGGAAAAAGACUGGUAUUAUGCUCAACUUCAGAAUCUCACUAAAAGAAUAGAUAGCCUUCCUUUAACUGAAAAUUUUUCCUUACAAACAGAUAUGACCAGAAGGCAAUUGGAAUAUGAAGCAAGGCAAAUCAGGGUUGCAAUGGAAGAACAACUGGGUACUUGCCAAGAUAUGGAAAAACGAGCACAGCGAAGAAUAGCUAGAAUUCAACAGAUAGAAAAGGACAUACUGCGUAUUCGACAACUUUUACAGUCCCAAGCGACAGAAGCAGAGAGAUCAUCUCAGAACAAGCAUGAAGCUGGCUCACAUGAAGCUGAGCGGCAGAAUGAAGGUCAAGGAGUGGCAGAAAUCAACAUGGCAGCUUCUGGUAGUGGUCAGGGUUUAACUACACGCAUGGACCAUGAAACAGCCAGUGUUUUGAGUUCUGGUAGUACACACUCUGCUCCUCGAAGACUGACAAGUCAUUUGGGAACUAAGGUGGAAAUGGUGUAUUCAUUGUUGUCAAUGCUUGGUACUCAUGAUAAGGAUGAUAUGUCACGAACUUUGCUAGCUAUGUCUAGCUCCCAAGACAGCUGUAUAUCCAUGCGACAGUCUGGAUGUCUUCCUCUCCUCAUCCAGCUUUUACAUGGCAAUGACAAAGACUCUGUAUUGUUGGGAAAUUCCCGGGGCAGUAAAGAGGCUCGGGCCAGGGCCAGUGCAGCACUCCACAACAUCAUUCACUCACAGCCUGAUGACAAGAGAGGCAGGCGUGAAAUCCGAGUCCUUCAUCUUUUGGAACAGAUACGAGCUUACUGUGAAACCUGUUGGGAGUGGCAGGAAGCCCAUGAACAAGGCAUGGACCAGGACAAAAAUCCAAUGCCAGCUCCUGUUGAACAUCAGAUCUGUCCUGCUGUUUGUGUUCUAAUGAAACUUUCUUUUGAUGAAGAGCAUAGACAUGCAAUGAAUGAACUUGGUAGGAAGGCUACCCGGGGCAUUUCAUCACAGGAGCUAGGGCAGGGGCUUUCAGGGGGACUACAGGCCAUUGCAGAAUUAUUGCAAGUGGACUGUGAAAUGUAUGGGCUUACUAAUGACCACUACAGUAUUACUUUAAGACGAUAUGCUGGAAUGGCUUUGACAAACUUGACUUUUGGAGAUGUAGCCAACAAGGCUACACUAUGCUCUAUGAAAGGCUGCAUGAGAGCACUUGUGGCCCAACUAAAAUCUGAAAGUGAAGACUUACAGCAGGUUAUUGCAAGUGUUUUGAGGAAUUUGUCUUGGCGAGCAGAUGUAAAUAGUAAAAAGACAUUACGGGAAGUUGGAAGUGUAAAAGCGUUGAUGGAAUGUGCUUUGGAUGUUAAAAAGGAAUCAACCCUCAAAAGCGUACUGAGUGCCUUAUGGAAUUUGUCAGCACAUUGCACUGAGAAUAAAGCUGAUAUAUGUGCUGUAGAUGGUGCGCUUGCGUUUUUGGUUGGCACUCUCACUUAUCGGAGCCAGACAAAUACUUUAGCCAUUAUUGAAAGUGGAGGUGGGAUUUUGCGGAAUGUAUCCAGCUUGAUAGCUACAAAUGAGGACCACAGGCAAAUCCUAAGAGAGAACAACUGCCUACAAACCUUGUUACAGCACUUGAAAUCUCACAGUUUGACAAUAGUCAGUAAUGCAUGUGGAACUUUGUGGAAUCUCUCGGCAAGAAAUCCUAAAGACCAGGAAGCAUUAUGGGACAUGGGGGCUGUUAGCAUGCUCAAGAACCUCAUUCAUUCAAAGCACAAAAUGAUUGCUAUGGGAAGUGCUGCAGCUUUAAGGAAUCUCAUGGCAAAUAGACCUGCAAAAUAUAAGGAUGCCAAUAUUAUGUCUCCUGGUUCAAGCUUGCCAUCUCUUCAUGUUAGGAAACAAAAAGCCCUAGAAGCAGAAUUAGAUGCUCAGCAUUUAUCAGAAACUUUUGACAAUAUUGACAAUUUAAGUCCUAAGGCAUCUCAUCGUAAUAAGCAAAGACACAAGCAAAAUCUUUAUGGUGACUAUGUUUUUGACACCAAUCGACAUGAUGAUAAUAGGUCAGACAAUUUUAAUACUGGAAAUAUGACUGUUCUUUCACCAUAUUUAAAUACAACAGUAUUGCCCAGCUCCUCUUCAUCAAGGGGGAGUUUAGAUAGUUCCCGUUCUGAAAAAGAUAGAAGUUUGGAAAGAGAGCGAGGAAUUGGCCUAAGUAGUUACCACCCAACAACAGAAAAUCCAGGAACCUCUUCAAAGCGAGGUUUGCCAAUCUCAACCACCGCAGCUCAGAUUGCCAAAGUCAUGGAAGAAGUAUCAGCCAUUCAUACCUCCCAGGAAGACAGAAGUUCUGGUUCUACCACCGAAUUACAUUGUGUGACAGAUGAAAGGAAUGCAGUAAGAAGAAGCUCCACUGCCCACACACACUCAAAUACAUACAAUUUUACUAAGUCAGAAAAUUCAAAUAGGACAUGCUCUAUGCCUUACGCCAAAUUGGAAUAUAAGAGAUCUUCAAAUGAUAGUUUAAAUAGUGUCAGUAGUAGUGAUGGUUAUGGUAAAAGAGGUCAAAUGAAACCUUCAAUUGAGUCCUAUUCUGAAGAUGAUGAAAGUAAAUUUUGCAGUUAUGGUCAGUAUCCAGCUGACCUAGCCCAUAAAAUACAUAGUGCAAAUCAUAUGGAUGAUAAUGAUGGAGAACUGGAUACACCAAUAAAUUAUAGUCUUAAAUAUUCAGAUGAGCAGUUGAACUCUGGAAGGCAAAGUCCUUCACAGAAUGAAAGAUGGGCAAGACCAAAACACAUAAUAGAAGAUGAAAUAAAACAGAAUGAGCAGAGACAAUCAAGGAGUCAAAAUACCACUUACCCUGUAUAUACUGAGAACACUGAUGAUAAACACCUUAAGUUCCAGCCACAUUUUGGGCAGCAAGAAUGUGUUUCCCCCUAUAGGUCCAGGGGAACCAGUGGUUCAGAAACAAAUCGAGUGGGUUCUGGUCAUGGAAUUAAUCAAAAUGUAAACCAGCCUUUAUGUCAAGAAGAUGACUAUGAAGAUGAUAAGCCAACCAACUAUAGUGAACGUUACUCUGAAGAAGAACAGCAUGAGGAAGAGGAGAGACCAACAAAUUAUAGCAUAAAAUAUAAUGAAGAAAAGCAUCAUGUGGAUCAGCCUAUUGAUUAUAGUUUAAAAUAUGCCACUGACAUUUCUUCCUCACAGAAACCCUCAUUUCCAUUCUCAAAGAGUUCAUCUGCACAAAACACUAAAACUGAACACAUCUCUUCAAACAGUGAGAAGGCAUCCACACCUUCAUCCAAUGGCAAGAGGCAAAAUCAGCUACAUCCAAGUUCAGCACAGAGUAGAAAUGGUCAGACUCAAAAAGCUACCACUUGUAAAGUUCCCUCUAUCAACCAAGAAACAAUUCAGACUUACUGUGUAGAAGACACCCCAAUAUGUUUUUCAAGGUGUAGUUCAUUAUCAUCUUUGUCAUCAGCAGAAGAUGAAAUAGGAUGUGAUCAGACAACACAGGAAACAGAUUCUGCUAAUACUCUGCAAAUAGCAGAAAUAAAAGAGAACAGUGUAACUAGAUCAACUGAAGAUCCUGUAAGUGAAGUUGCAACAGUGUCACAGCAUGUUAGAACCAAACCCAGUCGACUCCAAGCUUCCAGUUUAUCUUCAGAAUCAACCAGGCACAAAGCUGUUGAAUUUUCUUCAGGGGCCAAGUCUCCCUCUAAAAGUGGUGCUCAGACACCGAAAAGUCCACCAGAACACUAUGUUCAGGAGACUCCACUCAUGUUUAGCAGAUGUACUUCUGUCAGUUCACUUGAUAGUUUCGAGAGUCGUUCCAUUGCCAGCUCUGUUCAGAGUGAACCAUGCAGUGGAAUGGUAAGUGGUAUUAUAAGCCCCAGUGACCUUCCAGAUAGCCCUGGACAAACCAUGCCACCAAGCAGAAGUAAAACCCCUCCCCCACCUCCUCAGACAGUUCAAACCAAGCGAGAGGUACCUAAAAAUAAAGUACCUACUACUGAAAAGAGAGAGAGUGGACCUAAGCAAGCUGCUGUAAAUGCUGCAGUUCAGAGGGUCCAGGUUCUUCCAGAUGCUGAUACUUUAUUACAUUUUGCCACAGAGAGUACUCCAGAUGGAUUUUCUUGUUCAUCUAGCCUGAGUGCCCUGAGCCUCGAUGAACCAUUUAUACAGAAAGAUGUGGAGCUAAGAAUAAUGCCUCCAGUUCAGGAAAAUGACAAUGGGAAUGAAACAGAACCAGAGCAGCCUGAAGAAUCAAAUGAAAACCAGGACAAAGAGGCAGAAAAAACUGUUGAUUCUGAAAAAGAUCUGCUAGAUGAUUCAGAUGAUGAUGACAUUGAAAUAUUAGAAGAAUGUAUUAUUUCUGCUAUGCCAACAAAGUCAUCACGCAAAGCCAAAAAGCUAGCCCAGACUGCUUCAAAAUUACCUCCACCUGUGGCAAGGAAACCAAGUCAGCUGCCUGUGUACAAACUUCUGCCAUCACAAAACAGGUUACAGGCACAAAAGCAUGUUAGUUUUACACCAGGAGAUGAUAUGCCACGGGUAUAUUGUGUAGAAGGGACACCUAUAAACUUUUCCACAGCUACAUCUCUAAGUGAUCUAACAAUAGAAUCCCCUCCAAAUGAGUUAGCCACUGGAGAAGCGGUUAGAGCAGGGAUGCAGUCAGGCGAAUUUGAAAAACGAGAUACCAUUCCUACAGAAGGCAGAAGUACAGAUGAGGAUCAAAGAGGAAAAACCUCAUCUGUAACUAUGCCUGAAUUGGAUGACAGUAAAACAGAGGAAGGCGAUAUUCUUGCAGAAUGCAUUAAUUCUGCUAUGCCCAAAGGGAAAAGUCACAAGCCUUUCCGUGUGAAAAAGAUAAUGGACCAGGUCCAACAAGCAUCUGUGUCUUCUUCUGGAACUAACAAAAAUCAGAUAGAUAGUAAGAAAAAGAAGCCUACUUCACCAGUAAAACCUAUACCACAAAACACUGAAUAUAGGACACGUGUGAAAAAGAAUACAGACUCAAAAAAUAACCUAAAUGCUGAACAAACCUUUUCAGACAACAAAGAUUCAAAGAAACAGAACUUGAAAACUAAUUCUAAGGACUUCAAUGAUAAGCUACCAAAUAAUGAAGAUCGAGUUAGAGGAAGUUUUACUUUUGAUUCACCUCAUCAUUACACCCCUAUUGAAGGAACUCCUUAUUGUUUUUCACGAAAUGAUUCUUUGAGUUCUCUAGACUUUGAUGAUGAUGAUGUUGACCUUUCCAGGGAAAAGGCAGAAUUAAGAAAGGGGAAAGAUAAUAAGGAAUCAGAAGCUAAAGUUACCAGCCACGCAGAACCAACAUCAAGUCAACAAUCAUCUAAUAAGUCACAAGCUGUUACAAAACAUCCAAUAAGUCGAGGCCAGUCUAAACCCAUACUGCAAAAGCAACCCACUUUUCCUCAGUCAUCCAAAGAUAUACCAGAUAGAGGGGCAGCAACUGAUGAAAAAUUACAGAAUUUUGCUAUUGAAAACACACCAGUUUGCUUUUCUCGUAAUUCCUCUCUAAGUUCUCUCAGUGACAUUGACCAAGAAAACAACAACAACAAAGAAAGUGAACCUAUCAAAGAGACUGUGCCUCCUGCCUCACAAGGAGAACCAAAUAAACCCCAGGCAUCAGGUUAUGCUCCUAAAUCAUUUCACGUUGAGGAUACUCCUGUUUGUUUCUCAAGAAACAGUUCUCUCAGUUCUCUUAGUAUUGAUUCUGAAGAUGACCUGUUGCAGGAAUGUAUAAGUUCUGCAAUGCCAAAAAAGAAAAGGCCUUCAAGACUCAAGGGUGAUAAUGAAAAGCACAGUCCCAGAAAUAUGGGUGGCAUAUUAGCUGAAGAUUUGACACUUGAUUUGAAAGAUAUACAGAAACCAGAUUCAGAGCAUGGUUUAUCCCCUGAUUCAGAAAAUUUUGAUUGGAAAGCUAUUCAGGAAGGUGCAAAUUCCAUAGUGAGUAGUUUGCAUCAAGCUGCUGCUGCUGCAUGUUUAUCUAGACAAGCUUCAUCUGAUUCAGAUUCCAUUCUUUCACUGAAAUCAGGAAUCUCUCUGGGAUCACCUUUUCAUCUUACACCUGAUCAAGAGGAAAAACCCUUCACAGGAAAUAAAGGCCCACGAAUUCUUAAGCCUGGGGAGAAAAGUACAUUGGAAACAAAAAAAAUAGAAUCUGAAAAUAAAGGAAUCAAAGGAGGAAAAAAAGUUUAUAAAAGCUUGAUUACUGGAAAAGUUCGAUCUAAUUCAGAAAUUUCCAGCCAAAUGAAACAGCCCCUUCAAACAAACAUGCCUUCAAUCUCUCGAGGUAGGACAAUGAUUCAUAUUCCAGGAGUUCGAAAUAGCUCCUCAAGUACAAGCCCCGUUUCUAAAAAAGGCCCACCCCUUAAGACUCCAGCCUCCAAAAGCCCUAGUGAAGGUCAAGCAGCCACCACUUCCCCUAGAGGAGCCAAGCCAUCAGUGAAAUCAGAGUUAAGCCCUGUUACCAGGCAGACUUCUCAAAUAGGUGGGACAAAUAAAGGGUCUUCUAGAUCAGGAUCGAGAGAUUCUACUCCUUCAAGACCUGCCCAGCAACCAUUAACUAGACCUAUGCAGUCUCCAGGGAGAAACUCAAUUUCGCCUGGUAGAAAUGGAAUAAGCCCUCCUAACAAAUUAUCUCAACUCCCUAGAACAUCAUCCCCUAGUACUGCUUCAACUAAGUCUUCAGGUUCUGGGAAAAUGUCAUAUACAUCGCCAGGCAGACAGAUGAGCCAACAAAACCUUACCAAACAAACAGGCUUAUCCAAGAAUACCAGUAGUAUCCCAAGAAGUGAGUCUGCCUCCAAAGGACUAAAUCAGAUGAAUAAUAGCAAUGGAUCCAGUAAAAAGGUAGAACUUUCUAGAAUGUCUUCAACUAAAUCAAGUGGAAGUGAAUCUGAUCGAUCAGAGAGACCUGUAUUAGUACGUCAGUCUACUUUUAUCAAAGAAGCUCCAAGCCCAACCUUAAGGAGAAAAUUGGAGGAAUCAGCUUCGUUUGAAUCUCUUUCUCCAUCUUCUAGACCAGAUUCUCCCACUAGGUCUCAGGCACAAACACCAGUUUUAAGCCCUUCCCUUCCUGAUAUGUCUCUCUCUACACACUCAUCUGUUCAGGCUGGUGGAUGGCGAAAACUUCCACCCAAUCUCAGUCCUACUAUAGAAUAUAAUGAUGGAAGACCAACAAAGCGUCAUGACAUAGCACGCUCCCAUUCUGAAAGUCCUUCCAGACUUCCAAUCAACAGAUCAGGAACCUGGAAACGUGAGCAUAGCAAACAUUCAUCAUCCCUUCCUCGAGUAAGCACUUGGAGAAGAACUGGAAGCUCGUCUUCAAUUCUUUCUGCUUCAUCAGAGUCCAGUGAAAAAGCAAAAAGUGAGGAUGAAAAACAUGUAAACUCUACUUCAGGGACAAAACAAACUAAAGAAAACCAAGUAUCCACAAAAGGAACAUGGAGAAAAAUAAAAGAAAGUGAAAUUUCUCCCACAAAUAUUACUUCUCAGAACACUUCCUUAGGUGCUACAAAUGGUGCUGAAUCAAAAACUCUAAUUUAUCAGAUGGCACCUGCUGUUUCUAAAACAGAGGAUGUUUGGGUGAGAAUUGAGGACUGUCCCAUUAACAACCCUAGAUCCGGAAGGUCUCCCACAGGUAAUACUCCCCCAGUGAUUGAUAGUGUUUCAGAAAAGGGAAAUCCAAAUGUGAAAGAUUUAAAAGAUAAUCAGGGAAAACAAAAUGUGGGUAAUGGGAGUGCCUCCAUGCACACCAUGGGUUUGGAAAACCGCCUGAACUCCUUUAUUCAGGUAGAUGCCCCAGACCAAAAAGGAACUGAGACAAAACAAGGACAAAGUAAUCCUGUUCCUGCAGCAGAGACCAGUGAAAGCUCUGUAGCAGAGCGUACCCCUUUUAGUUCAAGCAGCUCAAGUAAACACAGUUCACCUAGUGGAACUGUUGCUGCCAGAGUGACUCCUUUUAAUUACAACCCAAGUCCUAGGAAAAGCAGCGCAGAUAGCACUUCAGCUCGGCCAUCUCAGAUCCCAACACCAGUGAAUAACACCACCAAGAAACGAGAUUCAAAAACUGACAGCACCGAAUCCAGUGGAACUCAAAGUCCUAAGCGCCAUUCUGGGUCUUACCUUGUGACAUCUGUUUAAAAGAGCUGGAAGAACAAACCUUAGAAAAUUAGAUGCUGAUUACAACUGCUAUAUAGAAAUUUUGUUUUAAAUGAUACUUUAAAGGAUUGAAAAUUUUUGUAAAUAGGUUUGAUUCUUGUUAGAGGGUUUAUGUUCAGGAAGCCAUAUUUGAUAGAGUACACUUUGUCUUCACUGGUCAUACUUUGGGAGGCACUCUUGAUAAGGAAAAACGUGGUAAAGCCAAGUAUAUUUGUACAGUAUGUUUUACAUGUAUUUAAAUAGCAUCCAUCCCAUUAUCCUUUAGUUAUCGCUCGUCUUAAAAUAAUGAACACUACAGAUAGAAAAUAUAUAUUGCUGUUAUCAAUCAUUUCUAGAUUAUAAACUAAACUUACAUCAGGGAGAAAUUGGUAUUUAUGCAAAAAAAUUGUUUUAGUCCUUGUGAGUCCAUCUGACUUCAUAAUUAAUCAUGUGGCUGUGAAAUUCACAGUAAUAUGGUUCCAAUGAAUAAGUUUACCCAGCCUGCUUUGCUUUACUGCAUGAAGAAAAUGAUGGUUCAGUUUCAGAAGUUAUGAUUAACAGUUUCGUGGUCACAUGAUGUGCAUAGAGAUAGCUACAGUGUAACAAUUCACACUAUUUUGUGCUCAAAAAAAAAAAAUCUGUGUAACUGUAAAACAUUGAAUGAAAUUAUUUUACCUGAACUAGAUUUUAUCUGAAAGUAGGUAGAAUUUUUGCUAUGCUGUAACUGUUGUACAUUCUGGUAUUUGAGGUGAGAUGGCUGCUCUUUUAUUAAUGAGACAUGAAUUGUGUCUCAACAGAAACUAAAUGAACGUUGCAGAAUAAAUUAUUGCUGUAUGUAAACUAUUACUGAAAUUGGUAUUUGUUUGAAGGGUUUUAUUUCACAUUUGUAUUAAUAAUUGUCUUAAAAGGGCCUCUUUAAAAACCUUAUAUAAAUUUUUUCUUCAAAUUCUAUGCAUUAAGAGUAAAAUUCUUCUUACUGUAAUAAAAACAAUUGAAGAAGACUGUUAGCACUUAACCAUUACUAAAAUUUAAUUUUUCUUUAUGUGAUUAGCACUUCUUCAAUAUUCAGUAUUUUUCCACCUUUUUUUCCCCCCUUACUCCACUGGAACUCAGUUAAAACAAAUGCAUAUAUAACAAUGUCUGCCUAGCACAGGACUAGGCAUUGAACAUAAUAGGCCAACAUAAGUAUUCACUUUUCUUAAAAGAAUUCUAUACUUGAAAUCUUGAUUGUCUUUAGGUACAAGUAGUUUCUUCCAGGCUCUACAAUGUAACUGUCUCCUCUUCAUCUUUUCCCUGUUGCUCCUGGGUCUAAAAUGUACACUGUAUUUCACCCUAUAUGUUAAGGCAUAUUUUCUGCCUCCAAGUAUAAUCAGUACUUUGCCAUAUUCAGAAAAUACAAAUCACAUGAAACUUCAAAAGUAGAUGUAAUGCCAUCAAGAUACUCAAAAGAGGCCCUGGUAUUGGGAAAAAGAAAAAAUUCAGAAGAGUAUUUAAAUAUCCCUACUUGUUAAGGAAACUUUAUUUUUGAUGGGUGCAGUUGUUGGUGGCGGGGGCUGGGGGGUGAAAUACCCACUUCCUCAUACUGACCUCAGGGGGAGCCCUAUUUCAUGAAGUUUCUAUACUGAUAGCAAAGAUAGUCCUUAAUAUAUCUUCCCUGAGUUCUAAAAGAUCAAAGGUGACUAUGAUGAUAAAUUCUCAUAUUUAUUGAAUAAAUGAAAGGUUUAUUUUAAUGAUAAAAUUCAUGCACUCUACAUUUGGAGAAGAUAAAGGAUUUUUAGGCAUGGUGGGGCAUUGGGAAGAGGAGGUGAUGGGGUCGGGAGUAUGCAUACCUACCUGGUGCCCUUGAAAUCAUAUCAUUUAAUUAUCAACCUCUUACCUGUAUUUAUAACUUACAGGUAAUGAGACUUUUUUUAAAAAACUAAAGUGCCAGAUAAGUACCAUGAUUUGAACUAAAGCAUUUUACUCCAAAGCCCAUAAUCUUUCCACUGCUCCACUUUGUAAACACCUCAAUUUAUUUAUCUUUGGAAUCUAUUUAAAUUUUUGUCAAAACUUAUCUGAAAUUGUUUAUGAAUAAUAUUCUAUAUUGUUCUCAAAACUGCCAUAAACAACAGGGAUACAAUGUGUCUAGGUCAUAUCUGUUUUUGUCUGAAUUAUUAUUGCAUGCCAGUUUUUAUAAACCUCUUCAAAUAUUUUUGUGGGAAGAGAUGGAGUAUUAGUUAAUUAGAAUAAAGUUGCCUUUUAAUUCAAGUUUAAAAAAAAAAGUAUCAUCAUGUUGGGAAUGAAACAAGAGUCCCUUCUAUAUGCAAAAAUACUCUGGAAUUCCUGUGGGCAACACUACUGGGAGGAGAACCAGUCUAUAUUUUCCCUUGAAAAAAAGGUCACCGGAUGAGAAACUCUAGUUAAGAGAUAAUGGCUCUGAAUCAGUAAAGGGACAAAUCACUUCUACUUUGAGACACUGGCAUUAGGAUGCUACCAAAACUGAGAGCAAGCCAAAUACUCCCAGUUUAUACUUACUAAAAUUGGCCUACUAAGACCAAUGUUGGAGAUUUGUCAGUAAUUGUGAUGGCUAUUAAAAGGCAGGGGUGGGGGAUUGUCAGUGCCCUAUUUAGCUGUGGACUGAAACAAAUCCUAAGACAAUGGUUUUUCAAACAAGGGUGCAUUUGAAUCUCAGUGCUUAAUUAUGAUACAGUUGGGCCACACCCCCAUAAUUGGAAUGAGUAGGUUUGGAGUGGGCCCCAAGAAUUUGCAUCUUAAAUUCAAAGUUGCUGCUGGUGCUGCUGGUCCAGAGGUCAAUACUUAAGAGAAUUACUGUCCUCAGUUACCACAUUGAAGCUCUCUGAUGAUUGCCUUGGGCUCCAGAAAUUCAACAACUGGACCUUUAAUCUACCAACAAAUUCUUUCUCUAGACCUAAGACUUGAUUGAAUAUUGAGCUGUUCAAUCUGAUAAGGAAUACCAGACAUGAAUGAACAAGUAAUUUUGAACACUACUACUUCUGAAGGAUCAGCUAAUAAUAUUUCCUUUGAAACAGUUAUUGUAAAAGCCAAAAUAUCUGAUUUGAAAUGGCAGUAAUAUUAGAAAAGAUUGAAAAUGGGAACUUUGAGAUGAGGGAAAAUUGGUUUCAGAUUGAAAUAUCAACAUACUAUGAAUGUGGUAUAAUCAGUGGUCAAAUCAGUCUGAUAAUUGAGGAUAAACUUUACAUAUUACUGGGGCACUGGAAGUUUAUGAGGGACAUAAUGAAAAAUAAAUUCUGUAAGGAACAAAUAGUACAGUCAAAUUUUUUCUUGAUUAUGUAAAAUAUGGAUCAUGUUACUGCAAAGUUAAUUAAAUGAAAGGAUGAGUCCAUUGCUGAUGGGAGCCAGUUGCACUAUAUCUGAAUUUAUAUAAUCACACUGGGUUUCUUUUCAUCUAAGAAAGGAAAAGAAUGGAGUGCCAGAAUGCAAAAGUAAAUUGCCCAGAGCUGAAGAAAGAUUCGAGUAGUAAGAUGGGUAAAAUUUACCAAACAAAAAUGAUUUUUUAAGUCACAGUGGCUGAACUAGAGAGUAUAAUUUUUUUUCUUUUCUACUAAGCAUAUUUCCCUAAUAAUUAUGCUGAGUUUAAAAUACUACUUUGUAAUGUUGAAGCUUAUGAACUGUGGCUCCUGUAAACCCCAGGUUAUUUUCCUACUGUUAUGAAUUCUGUGGUCUAUAAGUAUAUUCUGCUUUUUGUUAGGCCAUUGAUGCUUCUUUUAACCUGUAUGUUCUAUAUGUAUAAUACUGUUCUUGGUGCUAAAUAUACUUUCUUUUCUCUGA